AUGGCGACCAUCAAGGCCAUCGAGGCCCGCUCAAUCCAUCAAAUCCAAUCCGGUCAAGUCAUUGUUGACUUGUGCUCCGUUGCAAAGGAACUGGUCGAAAACAGUCUCGAUGCCGGAGCAACCUCGAUAGAAAUCCGCUUCAAAAACAAUGGCUUAGACUUGAUCGAAGUCCAAGACAACGGCAGCGGAAUCUCCCCCGAUAACUACGCCAACGUCGCAUUAAAGCACUACACCUCCAAACUCUCCUCCUACGAAGACCUCACCACGCUUCACACCUUCGGUUUCCGUGGCGAAGCGCUAUCUUCCCUAUGCGCAUUAUCCGACUUCCGCAUUACCACGGCGCAAGCGAACCAAGCUCCCAAAGCCACCCGACUUGAUUUCGAACCCUCCGGGAAAUUGAAAAAGACGCAGAUCGUCGCGGGGCAGAAAGGCACGACGGCCUCGGUGGAGAGUAUCUUCAAGGGAUUGCCGGUGCGACGGCGGGAGCUGGAGAAGAAUAUCAAGCGCGAAUAUGGCAAGGUCUUGAACCUGUUACAUGCGUAUGCGUGCGUCAGCACAGGGGUGCGCUUCAGCGUCCGGAAUUCGGUGGGCAAAACGAAGAAUGUGGUCGUGUUUAGCACGAACGGAAAUCAGACGACCAAGGAGAAUAUUGCCAAUGUGUAUGGGGCGAAGACACUUCUGGCGCUGAUUCCGCUGGACUUGGCACUGGAGUUUGAGCCGUCUGCUGCGGCAGGGAGGAGAAUCACUGGGUCUGGGGAGUUGAACAAGCUCACAGUUCGCGGACAUGUCUCGAAACCGGUAUUUGGGGAGGGGAGACAGACACCGGAUCGGCAGAUGUUCUUUGUGAAUUCACGGCCGUGCGGGUUGCCGCAGAUUGCAAAGGCGUUUAAUGAGGUGUAUAAGUCGUUCAACGUGUCUCAGUCGCCGUUUGUGUUUGCAGAUUUUCAUAUGGAUACAAACGCUUAUGACGUUAAUGUGUCGCCGGAUAAGCGGACCAUUCUGUUGCAUGAUGCGGGAGCGCUGAUUGAUUCGCUGAAGGAGUCGCUUGUGCAAUUGUUUGAGUCGUCGGAUCAGACGGUGCCUCAGUCGUUGGUUGUGGGGUCGAAGCCUGCCCCUACCCUCAAACAACGCUUGGGAAGCUUGCAGACUCAGACUCAGAGUCCGAACCGGCCUGCAGUGGAGGAUGCGGACUCCUCGGCGGCUGAUGAUCGGGAACCUGUGGGAAGCCAGGGGACCGGUGAAGUACAGUCGAGCUCACAGGAUCGGAUGAAGAGCUUCUUGAGCGGUCUUGGUGCCCGUGGCAGCAGCCCAGUUGUCUCCUCCCCUGCAGGCCGGGGUGCAUCAAGCGUACGAGACCAGCCUAUGCCUUCGUCACCUCAGGAUCAUCCUGAACCGAUGGAAGAGGACAAUGACCUCUUCGUAAGACAGGACUCUCCUGCCGAGCCACAGCCUCCCACACAAGGGGAAAUCGCGGAAGAAGCUCCUCGACAGCGUGAAGAUAAUAACUCGUCACAGGACACAGCUCCUAAAGAACCCUCGGUGUCGACGCAGGUAGUCGACCCUUUGGAGGAGACACCAAAUACUAUCCAAAAUGCGUUUGAUCGCAUGCGACCAAGGCGAAUGCCUCCUGAGAUGGCUACCAUUACUAUCGGCAACAGGACCGUUACAUCUAUGGUGGGAAGUGGGUUGCCCAGAAAGCGAUCUGUAGGUGCCGGUGAUGCCACUGGCCCUACGACACGUAGAAGACGGAUACACACCCCUUCUCGCCCUAGCAUAUUCGGCAAGCACAUGAGAGAUUUUGCUGCUCCAGGCUCGCAAUUGGAGCCGGAGAGUGAGGACGAGGAAAUCCUGGAUGAGGAAGCAGAAGAUGCAAUUGAGGAAAGCGAAGAGGAAGAAGAGCCUGAAGAGCAAGAAAGUGAAAUCGAGGAUGAAGAGGAAGAUGAUGAAUCUCAAUCUUAUACGCCGUCAAACCAUGAAGAUGAUCAACCUCCCGAAGAUGUUAGCAGUGAACACCAUCACCACGAAGCCAGCAAUGGUAAUGAACCUCAAAGUUCACAACAACUUGGCUCCUCGGAGCACAACAUAAGCGAAGAAGAGAAAAAGCGCCACGAAGAAGCCGAAGUCCAACGGCUCAUCCAGGAAGCGGAGGACAGAGCAGCAUUGCCACAGGGCAACAAUAUCCAUCGUGCGAACAAGAUGAAUAAGGGAGCUGCUCACCGCGACUCUACUGUGCAGCUAAUGAGUACUAUCGAUGGCUCUCUUUCUAAGAUACGCUCACAACUAGGGCAGCUACAGGAAAGCCUUCGUCGUUGGGAAGAGCACCACGGUCCCUCCCAGAGUGAAGAUGAGACAGCAGCGCCACAAGAAACGGCAGAGGAAAGACUGUCUCUAACGGUUAGCAAAGACGACUUUGCCAACAUGCGGAUUGUCGGGCAGUUCAAUCUAGGGUUCAUCCUGGCUACGCGGUCAUCCACCGAUGACUCGGGCCCUGGAUCAUCAGCAAAAGACGAACUCUUCAUCAUUGACCAGCAUGCAUCUGAUGAAAAGUUCAACUUCGAACGACUGCAGGCAGAAACCGUGGUGCAGAAUCAGCGCCUCGUCCAACCGAAGCGCCUCGAUCUCACCGCAGUAGAGGAGGAAAUUGUCAUUGAGAACCAAGCCGCGCUGGAAAAGAACGGCUUUAUUGUAGAAGUGGACGAAAGCGGAGACGAGCCUAUCGGGCGCCGCUGCAAGUUAGUCUCGCUGCCUUUGAGUAAAGAAGUGGUCUUUGGGGUUCGGGAUCUGGAGGAGCUCAUUGUCCUUUUGUCGGAGACACCUACCAACGCUGCACGGUCAGCGACAGGGAUGUAUAUACCGCGUCCGAGCAAAGUGCGGAAGAUGUUCGCCAUGCGGGCCUGUCGGUCGAGCAUCAUGAUUGGCAAGACUUUGACGGUCAAGCAGAUGCAGAAGGUGGUGCAGAACAUGGGCACCAUAGAUAAGCCGUGGAACUGUCCCCAUGGCCGGCCGACUAUGAGACACUUGAUGAGUUUGGGGCAAUGGAAUGAAUGGGAUGAGCUGGAUGACGAGGAAGACCAACCGGUAGAUUCCUUGGAUAUAUGGCGAGGGUUCUACCAGGAAAUGGCUGCACAUAGUGAGGAGGAGGCUGAGGAAGCAGAGGAGUAG